UGUGAAUGUUUCUUGAUCUUGGGCCUCACUUGGAAAAGAGAUCUUGAUCUCAAAGUCACUGCCUGAUUAAAUAAACGUGAAGGAGUCCAGUGGGUUACCAGGUUAACCUCCUUCUAUUAGUCCUUCCCAGCAACUACUGACUUAGUGGCAGUCCCUCCUGACGACGGUCAAAUGGACGCAGUGUGUAACAGAUCAUCGUGUUUCGGGAUCCUUCUAUUGAGGAAACAUUAAAUAACAAAACUAUAAAUAAUAUAAACAGCACAUGAAAGGGGCGGGGCUACUUGAACAGCCUGCGCGCGCGCUCCUGUGGACGUUGGCCAGUUUCUGGCAGAGGAUCCUUUUCUCUGCGCGACACCGGCGCUGCCAUCUUUGACGGAGCUGACUCCGGCUCCGCAGCGACACGACUUCCCAGGAAAGUUUAAACAUCUCGCGUCUCCUCUCCGGUCGCUGCUGAGCUCGACGUCUCCCGGCUCUACCCGAAGCACGCACACUUUCUCCGGCACACGAGGGACAAACCGAGCCGGUGCGAGGAGACGGAGGAGAGGGGGUGGGGGGGUCGCAGGAAGGCCACGGAUCACCCGGGGGAUUGUUUAAGUGUCAUAUCGGAUCUUUUAGAACCAGUUAGAGUCGCUGCUUUCUUUGGAAACUCACCCACCAUGAGUGGACACCCGCCACAGCGGCGGCAAGGGAACGUCGGCUCCAUACUUCUGUCGCCGCAGCAAAACGAGUCCCUCUUCAACCACCUCGGCAGGAAAUGCAUCUCAAUGUCCUCAGCAGUGGUCCAGGUGUUUGUAGCAGAUAGGAGUUCUAGCUGGACCAAGAAGUGCGGCGGGGUGGCCUGUCUGGUCAAAGACAACCCGCAACGAUCCUACUUCAUCAGGGUCAUUGACAUCAAGGAUGGAAAAAUUAUGUUUGAACAGGAGCUGUACAAUAACUUCAGCAUCUACACCCCAAAACCUUACUUUAUGACGUUUGCUGGAGACACAUGCCAAGUGGGUCUGAACUUUGCCAGUGAAGAGGAGACCAAGCGUUUCCAAAGCCAUGUGACAGAGCUUAUGGGGAAAAGACAGAGAAAAUCCGAGAAGAGACGUGACCCUCCAAAUGGUCCCGCAUUGCCCAUGGCAACAGUCGACAUCAAAAACCCAGAGAUCCACAAUGCUCAUCGUUACCAUCACAACCCUCAGGUGAACAACAUUGUGCACUCUGCCUUCCCCAAGAGGGAGAAAAAGCCAAAGGGGAAGAAGAAGAGGCUGACCAAGGCGGACAUUGGCACACCGAGCAACUUCCAGCACAUCGGUCACGUAGGCUGGGAUCCAAACACAGGCUUUGAUUUGAAUAACUUGGACCCGGAGCUAAAGAACCUCUUUGACAUGUGCGGCAUCUCCGAGGCCCAGCUGAAGGACAAGGAGACCUCGAAGGUCAUCUACGACUUCAUCGAGAAGAAAGGAGGCGUCGAAGCUGUGAAAAACGAGCUGCGGAGACAAGCUCCUCCACCUCCUCCAUCCAGAGGUGGCCCUCCUCCCCCACCCCCACACCACAGCUCAGCCCCUCCUCCCCCUCCUCCUGCACGAGGGCGAGGUGCCCCGCCGCCACCUCCCCCCUCCAGAGUGCCCAUCUCCACGCUCCCACCUCCCCCUCCAUCUCGCCCAGGCAUGUCCGCCCCACCACCGCCGCCCCCACCAAGCCGAAGUUUUCUCCCGCCUCCCCCUCCGCCGGCUCAUGCCUCAAUUCCGGUGGCGCCGCCGCCGCCGCCACCUCCUCCGCUCUCGUCCUCGACUCCAUCUAGUGGUGGCGCACCGCCUCCCCCUCCUCCUCCUCCCCCACCCCCUGGCCCUCCACCCCCUGCUCCUCCGCUGCUCCCAGAGGCUAACAGAGGGGACAGCGUUGCCUCCUCAACAGGCACGUCGGCGCUGCUGAGUCAGAUCAGAGAGGGCACGCAGCUGAAGAAGACUGAGCAAAAAGAGAGGCCAGUGUCCAACACCGGCAGAGACGCACUUCUGGACCAAAUCCGACAAGGAAUCCAACUUAAAGCGAGGGAUGACAACACAGACUCAACUCCUUCCACCCAAGCCCCCUCAGCAGGCAUCGUAGGAGCGCUGAUGGAGGUGAUGCAGAGAAGGAAGGCUAUUCACUCUUCAGACGAAGACGAUGACGAUGAAGAUGAUGAAGACUUUGAGGAGGACGACGAAUGGGACGACUAGCGAUUUUUGUUUUUCUUCUUUUCUUUUUUUUCUCCCCUUCCUAUCCCUCUGGAUGACUAUGACACUAAAAAAAUUCUCGUCUUUCUGAAAAGAAAUCUUUAAUUUCAAAANGA